AAAAUCUCCUCAUAAAAAAGAGUAUAUUAUGAAAACGAAUCGCUCAGAAAGUACGGAGCUAACAACUGCAACAUCAAGAGCAUCCUCACCAGCGGACCCCUGGAAAGUAAACGCUGAGAUAAACUCAAGUCAAGCUGACCUCGUAAUGACGAAAAACAAACGAUCUCUUAGAGAGCUACUCUAGGAGUUUGCAGAUGAAACCAGUGCCCAUGGUGUUGGCAAGAUAGGUACGACAGCUAAAGCCCAAUCUUGGUUUUGGUGUGUCUUUUGGUUACUGGUGACUCUGUCUUGUGCAGGGAUGGUGAUAUAUCAAGGAAUUUUGUUAAUGGAAACGUAUGUCAACAAACCAACUAAGUCUGAUAUUGACGUCACGUACGUAAGGACAGUUCAAUUUCCUGCAGUGACCAUCUGUAACCUCAACAUCAUAAGGAGAUCCAAAAUAUCUUCCUUUGCGGAUGCAAAAGCUAUCGUGAACACUUUUGACAGCUUUAUUGAGCGAGAACCGCCGCCAUCAGGACACGGUGACAAAGGACACGGAGACAAAGGACACGGAGACAAAGGACAGGAGGGACAAGGAGCUAAUCAGUCAAGCUCCAGUAGUUUAUCAUCCAGUAGUUCAUCAACCUCGUUCGGUCCACUGGACAAACAAAAAGAAGCUAUGAAGGAAUCUUUAAAGAUCGACAAUUCACAUGCCGAAGAACACAUCAGUUUGAGCAAUGUUACAGUCGAUGAACAAGCCUACGCUGAAGAUCUGAUUCUAAGCACGUUAGCCAAGCAAAACAUAAGCGAUUUGAUGGAUGCCGGACAUAAAUUUCAUGAAUUGGUGUUUCGCUGUAAUUGGAAAGACUUUUCGUGUAAAUCUGGCGAUUUCCUUAAGUACUGGAAGCGGACAUGGAACUGGAGAUACGGAAACUGUUAUACAUUUAAUUCUGGUGCCAAAGAGGAUGGUAAAAAGACUCCUGUUCUCACCAGCACAAAGCCCGGACAAAAAUAUGGUCUCACACUGGACUUAUUUGUAAAUCAGGAUGAGUACAUUCCUAGCAUAAGCCAGGAGGCAGGGGUACGUGUUCUGCUCACGCCUCAGCGCAGCAUUCCCUUUCCCGUCGACGAGGGUUUCACUGUAUCUCCUGGAUUUUCGACUUCUAUUGGUUUAAGACAGCUACACAUCGUUAGAGUGGAUCCCUUCAAGAAUGGCAGCUGCUAUGGCCGUGACACACUGGAGGAGUUUUCCGUUUACAAGCGUUUCAAAGGCUCGAAAUAUUCUGUGCAGGUAUGUCAUCAAUUCACCAUUUUUGAGUAG